AUGGCGUCGAUCGAGCGGGAAGAGACCACCCCAUUUCUUAUACAACUUUUCUGCAAGAACGGCUCGUUUCACAGAACAGAUGAGUUCGCCUCGAGGAGCCUGCCGCCUGCCUUGUCACUCUACACGUGGCCCGACUGCACCUUGACUGAACUCGCUGAGCAGAUCGCUGCCGCAGACCCCUCGUUGCUACCGAGCCCCUCCGUGGGCACAAGGCUGGCCUUUCGUGUUAUAUACCCGGACACCCGGAACGCGGCGGUCCCGCCCAGCGCUCACCAUGCGCAGACACAGAUCCCCCGGUUUAUGGUUAAGGACCUAGGGAGCGUCGUACUAGGCGACGGCACGGCGGGCGCUAUUCUCGGUGCCAACGGCGCGGAGGUGGUUGAGGGAGACAUACACAUGGCCGAGACGACGACGGCAUUGCCGGACACGGACAUGGACAAGACGCUUGGCGACGCCAAGUUCGUGGUGGGGGAUUACAUCGCGUGUGCCAUUCUGCCGCCGCUGCCUGACGGAUCUGUGGCUCCCGCGCUCACCUCGCGGAACGACAGGACCGCGGGACCGUUUAGCGCAAGAGGCGGUCUGGGCGGCCUGGCUUCACAAGGGCCGCGUCGAGACGCUGCGUUUGGUGCGAGACAGGGGCGCGACAGAGACAGGCGGCGCUCUGGGCUCGGUGACAACGGGUUUCCCGAAGGAGAGUGGAGGAGAGGCGAGAGGUUGCCAGAAGAUCCUUCCGAAAGGUCUUGGGGCAGAGGACGGAGACCAGACAGAUGGUGA